UAGGCGUUUGAUCUACUUCAUAAAAACAUCAAGCUAUUGACUUUGAAAUGCACUCUGCACACAUUUGUUGCUGUCCGUUCCUCUACGCUCGUUGCCUCAUUUCCUAAGCUGCUUCUUCCUUAAUAAAAUACAUUAACAUAAUUCCUCACAAAUAGAACCUGGCACCAGAGAUCUGAUAAAAUGGUCUACCUUCCCAGUCCAUUUCCUGUUUGAGGAACCUAUAGUAAUAAGUAGUUAUACCCUGUAGGCAUAUAAUUUCAAUUGUGCAUGCUUACCCUUUUAAAAAUAAAUACAGAUCUUAAAACUAAAUGGAUAAAUACACAUUUGAUGAAGAGAAAUUAAAAGGCUGCAACCCAUAGUAACCAAAGCUCAACCAGCCAUCAGCUUUGAGCAGUCAGCCUGGUAAAAGGCUUUGGUUGCUAUGCAUUACUCUUGUUUUUUUAAAUGUGUUUAAAGCAAUUAAUUUAAAUGGAGAACAUAUUCAAUGACACCCAAUCAUUCACGGCUCCUGGAAGAGUAUCAAGUAAAAACUUGAAACAAUUCUGAUUAAGUUUUAUAUCAGUCUGAGUGAUUGAGAUGGCUUCAGUAGACCUGUUAUCUUCUACUGAGACAAUGAAUCUUUAAAAGGGUUAAAAGCAAUAAUAUAAGACUAUCUAAGCCUUAAAGGUAUUGAUUCAAUUAGCAGCCCCAGGUAUCAUUGAAGGCCAGCCUUCUAGAAAUGAACUUGGAGCCGGUCAACUGCUCCGUUAACUACUGUAUUGAGGGAUUAAGAGGAUGUGACAGUCACACCACAAUGGGAAUGACAGUAACACCCAAUAAGACUAUUGUUAUAGGCAUCAUUACAAGUGUUAGCUCAUUACACCCCACCUUCGCCCAGGACUUUAUAUAUGUGUGGGUCACAAUGGGAAAGUUAGUUUGCACCUUUCUGGAGGAAGAGGACACCAGCAGCUCUGACUAGGAAUGGAAAAGAAGGCUUACUCUGUGGAAUGGUUGUCAGAGAGCAGUCACAGGAAUACCACUUACCCCAGUAUGGAUUUAUUGCCAUGCAGGUCUGGCACAUCCACCCUUCAGUAUCACAAAGAGUUCAGUACUCUGGGAAUGGAGAAACCAAGCACAGCCACCAGCAAAAAUGAGAAUGAAAAUCCAUCUGACCUCACAGCAGCACUUUACCACGUCCAAAGAACUCAGGCGGAGGCACAUGAUUUGUCCACACCUAGAAAAGUGUUCAAAGAAGUCUCCACUCACAACCCAUGUCCUGCUUCAGAGAAAUGCCACAGCCCGGACACAGAUGGUGCUGAAAGCCACGAAUCCCUUUCUGAAGAUGAUGCCACAUCUAGGCCGCGCACUAAAUUCUCCAACGGGCAGCUUCGGGAGUUGGAGAAGAGCUUUAAGGAACACAGAUACAUAGGAUCCAAUGAGAAGAAGCGACUGUCCAGGGUGCUGAAGUUAUCAGAGACCCAGAUUAAAACAUGGUUUCAAAACCGGAGGAUGAAGUUCAAGCGUCAAAAUCAAGAUGCAAGAGUAGAAGCUUUCUUUUCUGGACUCUACGUGCCUUACUAUGGCUACUCAGACUUUCAAACCCCAGCUGGCCCUGUACGCCCUGGACUGGCCAUGUCGUGUGCCCCUCCAGCACCCAUUCACCCCUUUGCACCUCUUUCGGCUACAGUUAUUCGGCCAGGAAAUCCUCCAUCAUCCAUGACGCCUGCUAACCUUGGCUCUUACCGGUGGCCUUCCGUGCUUGUGCAUCCAUCCUAUAAUGAGCCAAUGGGGCUCAGAUUUUCUCCAUAUUAACUUUAAUGUGCUGGGACUUUUAAAGCGGUAGUAAACCACCAGAUUUUUUUAAAUUUUAUUUUAUUUUAACCUGCAAGGCAAUGUAUUCAUGUGCUGUUAUGUGAAACUUGCCUUAAUAUGAAGCCCUCCAGCAGUACGCUGUCACCACUGACACGGCUUCCAUUUUCAACCGGUCUUCCUUCCGGGUUGGCGGGCUCCGCCCUUUUGAUUGGAUGACCCGCGAUGACGUCGCUCCUGCACAAACGCAUUGGAGCCGCUGUUCGCUGCACAGGACUCUGAAGGAAUGGCUGCUUUACAAGUAAAUGUCUCCUAAACUGUGUACGUUUAGGAGAUAUUUACUGUAUUGGAGGCUUACCUAUAGAUAAAAAGCAACCAUGGGAGUUCACUCCCACUUCAAUAUUUAAAAGGGUUGUGUUUUGAUAUGUUAAAAGACAUUUUAAAUUUUUUAUAAAUAUUUAUUUUAAGUUAUAUUAUUACUGAUGCUCUUCUUUGGAUAAUAACUCACUGAAAGUUUGAGCAAAAUAUGUUUGGCACUUUAAUUAUGAAAAAAAAAUAAAAAGCUCAUAAUUUGUUGA